UAUUCUCUUUGUUCUUUACAUUUUAUUUGCUAAAGCCAUGAGCGAUUUCGGUGCUUCUCAGGAUGGAAAUUAUAGAUUCUCCUGUUUUGGUUUCGGAAACUCAGGCAAUGUCACGAACAACAUGAACGGAAAAAUUCGUGCUACGCAAAGUUCUCUUCAGCUUCAUAAAAACUAUCAGCUGACCUGUGAUGUUGAGAAAAGUAACAUUGUAGCUAAAAAUAACUUUAACCUUGUCAUUAAGGGACAAAAUCACGAGGCCAAAAUACAGAACACUUUUGGCGUCGCAUUGGAAAAGCAAGAAAAUUGUAGCACGACAAAUAUCAUUAACAUUGCUCCCAAAAAUUCACGGAAUGGUUGGUUUGCGAGAUAUUUUGGAAUAGGACAAAGUGAAGAGCAUCGAAGUGAAGGUAAUCGAAAUUUCAAUGUUCUAGCAAAAUAUUGCAACGCGGCUGAUGUGGAAAACAAUCAAUUCAACAUGGGGAUAUUCAAGACAAAAGUUGAGAAAUUACCUAAUAAUAAAGACAUUGUUUGUGUCGAAAUUGACCGUACAACAUUGGAUCCUGAAAGUUUUCGUGUGGAACGUCAUGGUGAUGCCAAAUUCAUUGCAACGGCUACUAAGGAUGGUAAACCACAGAGCAUUGAGAUAUCGGGUCCCUCUAUCAAAUAUAUGGACACGACUGGAGAAUUUCAUGUAUUUUUGUAUUCAAGUGCGCUUUGAAAGUUAUUACAUCACAUAUAGCAAUAAAUAAUCGGUGUGUUGGUGCGUAUGAUAUUUUUUUCUUAAACUUUGAGUUGUAUGAUUCAAUAAAAUAUGCGAUAAACU